AUGGCGGCCGCGGACGUACAGGACUUUCUGCAGCAGAACCGAGCGGAGGCGGCGGAGGUGGAGGCGUCUCGCGGGUACUGGGAGAGUGAGAAGCACUGGGCCGCGAGGAGGGAGUUCAUCCUGCGGAACAAGGGCGACUUCCGGCCGGACUCCCAGGACCAGCUGCUGUCGCUGUCCAUGGUGUGGGCCAACAACGUGUUCAUGGGCUGCAGAUACAGCGAGGAGCUUCUGCAGAGAGUCAGAGAAAUGGCCGAAGGGAUCGUGGUGGAAGACGCUCCUGUUUUUAAAACCAGAGACGAGAUCAUGAAGCAGCAGCAGGGGCGCCGACGUUCAGCCGCAGGGGCGCCGACGUUCAGCCGCAGGGGCGCCGACGUUCAGCCGCAGGGGCGCCGACGUUCAGCCGCAGGGGCGCCGACGUUCAUCUGCUGUCAGAACAUGGACUGUUUUUAA